AGCCUUUGAGGAACACACAUGGAUUUAUAAACAUGUCAGCGUCAACAGUAGGCUUCAGGCACUGCACCAUGUAGUGCACCCGGUAUUUAAAUUAUCGUGUACAUAACACGAUAACUUAUCCGUAAAACAAACCACUUAAAAGGUCCUUAGGAAGUGACCUGCGUAGUCAUCAAAGUAAGAAACCCCGACACUCUAUAACACAGGUGACCAUGGCGUCCAAAGUCCAGUUGUUGGCCUUUCUACUGGUCUGUGUGGGCGUGUGUCAAGGCAACUAUCAUCAUGGGCAUCCUCAAGGCGAUGAGAACAGCAGUGAAGGUGAUUUGGAACCUUUCUGUACCGGAGAGUGCCCUGAGUUCGAGCUGUUGUGCUCGACCCCAGAGUACGACGUGAGGCGGUACAAAAGCGCCCUCUGGGUGUCCACCACCAUGUCAGAUCUGUCCCUCUCCCAGGCCAGCGGCAGAGGACGGAAACGCUUACAUGACUACUUCGGUGGGGAAAAUGAGAAACGGCUCAAAAUGUCGUACACCGCACCCUUGAUGACACAGACCCGCAUGCCUUCUGAGAGUCCUGUUAGGGAAAUCACAGUGUCAACGCUUCUUCCUAUGAACGUGGCAAAGAACCCUCCAAAGCCAACAGAUCACAGGGUGGUGAUCGAUCUUGUCCCUGAGACCAUCAUGUACGUUAAGAAGUUCGGAAGACGUUCUCCAAGAGCUGGCUUUGUUGCUGACCUGGAGGCAAAAAAAUUCUUCAAGACCCUGAAGGCGAACGAUGAGCCAAUUCAUGAGAAUGAAGGAUAUUACUACGUCGCGCAGUAUGGCAGCAGUUCGACGGACUCCCAAGCUCACGGCCGUGAACGUUUCACCGAGAUUGCGGUUUUCGCCAUGAACGAGAGAACCUACAAGUGGCUGGAGUUCAACGACCUCACUGCAGUAGGACAGGGACUCCCGAAGUGUCUCCGUGGUGAAGGGAAGACCAUGAAGAUGGACCAGGGCGACAUCCCCCUGUUAACUCGGGAGCAGUGUUCUACAACGUACUGUGAAGGUGCAUAUAACUGUCCAAAGGUUGAGACAAAGGAAGUGAGAGGUAUUGACGACAUUAGCAUACAGCUGAAGCGUUCUAAGGACAUCAGGGCAUUGUCUUACGUACCCCCUACAUGCUACUACGACACCGCCAUUCACGCUUCUGCCAGUCCGUUGAGGGAAUCGCUUAACAACACAUCAGAUUUCUCCCCCUCGGACGUUGCUAUGACGAUCACAGUUGCCAUGGAGAAGAGGGAGGAGUUAGAUGGGAAAGGAGGCUGUCAGAAGUUCUUCAAGGUGCUGUAUGCUGCAGGUGGUGGAAAGGGGAGUGUAGAGGACAUACAGAUGAAUAAAGAAGGUGGCUUCCAGACGCCGAAGACUGUAGAAGCCCUGCACCAGGGACAGACGACUGGUACAAGACACUACUCCAAGUGUUUUGGCGGCAAUGCCUACUACGAGCCGACCACCAUCACUUCCACAGCUAAGAUACUGAUGGAACGACUCAGGGACAAGAAGAAGUGUUUCCUGGGUGAUCACGUCAGUGUGGUAGAAUACCAUCCCCAGUCCAGACUGUUUGACCGUCACAACGAGAUCAACCUUGACGUUGACCUGGACUGUAGUGACCAGGAGGGCCGCCCACCCUUCACCUUCCACCUCCCCGUGAGUAAAGACUACAGCCGGGCUGAGGUGAAGCCAUCGUUGGGCGACCAAUGUGUCACUCACGUGUGCCCAAACAUGACCACCGUCAUGAGGCUUGAGAACAACCUGAAGCUGAUUAAAUUGAAUGGACCAGGAAACUGGGUCAACUCCAAGACCUCAAAGAGCUGCUACAGCGCUGACGGUUUCUACAAGGCUAUGAAUUCCCUGCUGUCAUACCUCGAUGGGAAGAAUGAAGAUAAAGUGCAAAUUGACAUGACUAGACCAUUGUAUGCCGAUCGCCACGUUUACGUCGGCGAGGAAAAGUGCCACGUGGGCAUAUUGUUGCCUGAAAAGUUUGCUGACAACCCACCAAAGCCCAUUGACGACAAGAUUUCCUUCAGUCGUAUUGAAGCAGACAACAACAGGUAUUUCCAGACCAUGUACACAGGCAAGUACGAUGGAGCAGUGAUGAGGCAGCACUUCAAGGAACUGAAGGAGGAACUGGACAACCUCAAGCCGUUCGGAGUUCAAGUCGAUGUAAACGACAUAUGGCUUGGCGCCUAUGAUGACCCUGACGAAGAGAAUAGGCUUUGGGACUUCACCAUAGGACAAAUAGAGUAUAAAAAAAGUCAAACAGAAGCGAACUAUGUGUCUCUUGGGUCUGAAUUCAAUACCGUGGGUACAAAUUUGAAGUUAAGAACAAAACCACUCCAUUAUGCUUUCACGAUUCAGUGUCAAUACGCCGCGAUGAAAAUACCUCACACUUGCAGAUUCUCUGAUUCUUGCAUAAUUGUCAUUUCCUCAAAGGCUCCCCAAGAAGGUAACAAAGACGAGCCGUCUGCAAAAGCUGACGGUGAAGAAGAGAAGGAACACCCAUCAGAGGAGAAAAUAGCUCUUCCAAAACCAGCAGGCUGCAGCGAGUCUGUCUGUCCGACUGUCUAUGUCACUAAGAACCACAGCAAAUUCAUGGAACUGCUCCUUCCAAGUCGCGUUCCAGCGACCGAUGUUGCUGGGAGGUUCACAGUCGCUAUAGAGAAAAGAGAGGAACUAGACGGGAAGAACAGCUGCCAGAAAUUCUUCAAAGUGUGGUACGUUGCUGGUGGAGGGACUGGGAGCCCAGAGGACCAAACUUUACUGAAAACCAAAAACGACUUCCAGAUACCAAAAACAGUAGAGGCACUUCAUCAUGGAAAGGCCUCUUCGACACCAACCUUUUACACCAAGUGUUUUGGCGGCAAUGCCUACUACGAGCCGACCACCAUCACUUCCACAGCCAAGAUACUGAUGGAACGACUCAGGGACAAGAAGAAGUGUUUCCUGGGUGAUCACGUCAGCGUGGCGGAAUACCAUCCACAGUCCAGACUGUUUGACCGUUUCAACGAGAUCAACCUUGACGCCGACCUGGACUGUAGUGACCAGGAGGGCCGCCCACCCUUCACCUUCCACCUCCCCGUGAGUAAAGACUACAGCCGGGCUGAGGUGAAGCCAUCGUUGGGCGACCAAUGUGUCACUCACGUGUGCCCAAACAUGACCACCAUCAUGAGGCUUGAGAACAACCUGCAGGUUUUUGAGUAUUCACCAGCAACUUGGCUGUAUUCCAAGAGUCCUUCCAAGUCCUGUUCCUACGGCGUAGCUUUCUUCAAGGCGUUAAAUCCACUUCUGUCGUAUCUGAAUGGCAAGAAUGAAGACAACUCCAAAAUUGACAUGACUAGACCAUUGUUUGCCAAGGUUUAUCUCCACGAGAAGAGCUGCGAAAUGGUCAAGACCGUGAGCACAAUGGUACCGGAGAAGUUUGCGGAUAAUCCACCUACGCCCAUUGACGACACGGUUUCAUAUCAACGUCCUGUGGUGGAGAGCAUGUUUUUCCGGUCAGUCUACAAGGGUAAGAGUACCAGGCAGGGAAAACAGUACCUGGAUGAUAUGAUCGAUAACCUGGACAAGCUCAAGCCAUUUGGAGUGGGCUACAAUGCUCAGGAUAUAUGGCUUGGUGCCUAUGAUGACUUAAACAAAGAGGAACGUCUCUUCGAAUUUGUUAUAGAAUUGAUAAAGACACCCAAGGAAGACCAGGACGGUGACACAUCAGACGAUGGAGAUGGAGAAGGAGGGAGAGAAGACACCUCAGACGGACUGGUCGCUCUUCCAAAGCCGGAAGGUUGCAGCGAGUCUGUCUGUCCGACUGUCUAUGUCACCAAGAACCACAGCAACUUCAUGGAGGUGCUUCUUCCAAAACGUAGAAGCGUGUGUCACCGAGCGAAGCUAUGUGGAGGAGAUUCUUUCCCAUUCGGCAGACAUCUUUCCAGGCCUCUUGAGAAGUACUUUCACGGUGACAACAGCGACAACAAGAUAAUUACUACCUUUGCCGUCCCAAUGUACAAGGAAAGGGUCUACUCUGAGGAGGAAGAGAAGGAGAUCGGUCCGUGCGAACGGGAGUACCAGGUCUGUUCACGACUGCCGGAGGACUACGAUGGUAAGGAGAUACCAAAGGCAACUGGAGAAGGGGUGGCCACGUUUACAUCAACUGAAGGUUUUCACGUUUACACCACUUCUGUGAAGGGUCCUUUCAUUGUGUCAGAGGAAACUCAGAAGUUGAUGCAGAUACUUGACAAGGAAGGCGUUGAGUACGACAAGACUUGGGUGGGCUUCUUCACGUACAGCGAGCCUUUCGGUGACCCACAUGAAAGCAUCACCUACUUUACGUUCCUCAAGGAAGGCCAGGACAUGGGUGAAGAGGCUGAAUCUAACGAGACGGAGAACGAGGACGUUGAGGGCAAGCGGCCAUUGUCGUGCCAUGGAGAGUGCCCUGAGUACGAGCUGCUGUGCUCGAGCCCAGAGUACGCUGUGCGUCGGUAUAAGAGCGGCCUGUGGGUAUCGACCAGUGUACGGAGGACCAGUAUCACCAAGGCCAGUCUGAUCGGGCGGCAGCGACUACACAAGUACCUGAAGGGAGAAAACAAUGAAAAGACCAAGAUGGCGUCCAUCUCACCGUUGGUGAUGCAGCUGCGCAGGUCGUCACGUGACCCGACACGUGAGGUGACCGUCUCUAUCAUCCUCCCCAAGGACGUGGCGAGUAACCCUCCAAAACCGACUGAUCCAAAGGUGGUGAUCGAUCUCGUUCCCGAGACCAUUGUGUACGUCAAGUCGUUCCCACGACAGAGUGCCGGAUUUGUGCCUGAACGAGAGGCCAGAAAAUUCUUCCAUACGCUAUCGGAGAGAGAAGAACUGUUCGAGCACGAGGACUACUUCCACAUUGCCCAGUACGACAGUCUGUCCCCUGGUCUGGAAUCACAAAACGAGAUCUGGAUAUUUGCCAUCAACGAGGUGGCCCACCGGAUGCUGCAGGUUACCGACAGUCUGGUGAGCGGCAGGGGGAUCCCGCGGUGUCUCCAUGGGGACAACAGGCCGCUGAGGUGGACCAAGAUGAACCCGGCUAACGUCCCUGUACUCACACGGGACAUGUGCCCCACGUCGUUUUGCCAUGGAUCCAACUGCCCGAAGUACGAUAUGCUGGAGAGGGUCGGAGACACCAUAGAGAAGAGACACUACACUGACCUGCAGGUCAUCGGUUACGUGGCAACAAGCUGUCAUUACGACACCGCCGUGGACCAGUCUUACAUGCCACUGUGGCAGCAGUUGAACAACACAGGUAUAUCUCCAGCAGAAGUUCAGGCGUUUGUGACAACUAUCGUACAAAGCCGUAAAAAUCUGGAUGGCGAGAAAGGCUGCGAGAAGUUCUUCGUUCUAUACUACGCCAUGGACGGUAGUGCCACGGCUUCAACGGUUUUGAUACGGUCGAACAGUGGUCAACCAAUGUUCCAAAUACCUAAAACGAUACAGACCCUUCAUGGAACAAAGGAUGUAACGACUUUUUACACCAAGUGCUUCGGAGGAAAUGUGUUCUACGAUCCGCACAGUAUCUCUGACAAUGGCAAACUCCUGUUGGAUACCAUGAAAAGCAGCGGGAAAUGCGUAUUGGGAGACCACAUCAGUAUUGCGGAGUAUCAUUCCCAGUCGCGGUUAUUUGAUCGCUAUAACGAGAUAAUGGUUGAUAGCGAUGAAAGCUGCACUGACCAAGGCGACCGCCCGGCCUUCUCGUACGAUAUUCCCCUGAGUAACAACUAUCUGGACCCGAAGGUGGUACCUGAAGUCACGGAACCCUGUAACACCACCGACUGUGCACACUUCUCUGUCAAGAUGACUCUCGGUGAUAACCUGAGACUAGUGUCGCAAGACCCAGCUAAGUUUGUUUGCACAGAGAGCAGCCCUCUGUCAUGCUCGUACUACCAGGCAUACCACAAGGCGCUGCAUCCCAUCCUAGCCUACAUCAACGGGGAAAACAAGGAUGGGAUAUCCAUGAACAUGACAAAGCCUUUGUUUGGACACGUUUUACCCAGUGACAAGCAAUGUGGGAAGUCGUUCGUCCUGUGCAUGUACCUGUCAGAGAAAUACUUCAACAGUCCACCGGAACCGCUCACAGAGAGGGUUAGGAUCACCUUCGAUGAGAAUGAGUUCGUGGCGUAUGAGAAGUCAUUUGUGGGAAACUUUGAGAGCGCGCUGGUCGACGCCAGAGUGAGAGAACGGAUCGACGAGAUGCUGCUUCAGCUGGACGGACUGGAGCCCUUUGGGGUCAAGUACAACCCAAAGCUUGUCUGGAUUGGUGCCUACGCUGACCCUGGGAAGGAAGAGACGGUGAUGAAGAUAUUUGUUCGCGACGACCGGAAUGUUCAGAAGAAGAAAGAGAAGCAAGUCACACCUAAACCCAAGGACUCGUCAGAGGAGAGAUAUCUCCCAACGCCGACGUCUUGUCACAGUAAGGAGUGUUUACCUGUCCGCGUGGUGAAGGACUACGGAGACUUCUUGGAGGUUUACUUUCCGAAAGUGAAGGGUGUGUUCACCCAGCAGAAUGUGUGUGAAUCGGGCACAUCCGGCCGACUGUUGCUGCAGCCAAUACACAAGUACUUCCGGGGGUACAACAUGGAGGAAGACAACAUAGGAGAUUUCUCCUAUCCAGUCUCUCUCAGGUACAGACUGUUUUUCGAGAAAGGGGCGGAAGUAGACAACGUGUGUGACGCCGUGUACGAGAUGAGCGUGGCCCUCCCACCCAGGUACGCCGACAGGGAGAUCCCGGAGCCGAUCACGGACAAGUUGAAGACCUUUGAGCGUAAUGGGACAUACAUGUACGUAGUCGCCGUGCCAGGGAGCUACAGUCUGGAAACUAUCAAGGACAAAACCUACCAUCUACUGGUGGACCUGACACAGGCAAACCUGGCCAUUGAGAGGUACUAUAGUAUAAUAUUCACCUACGACCCUCCAUUCACCGACCUAGAGGAGAGGAUGACGUACAUCGGGUUAGUAAAGGAGCCGCAGGGUGAGGAAAACAGCGAGAACCAACCAAAGCAAGAUUCUGGCCAUGGAACAAGUAAUGAGAAAGAGCAAGGAACACAACAGCAAGAUGGUUAAGACGAUUCGCCGAAGAAGUUUACCAAAGAAGAAUAAAUUUAUGUGCACUCAGA